CUGGUCGGCCUCACACGUGUUGUGUUGGUAAUUAUCCGAUGCUUCCAACACCUCAAUGCAUUCAUCCGAUAUAUACCUCAAUCCUACAGCGAACUGCAUCAUCAUCGAGGGCUGUGCGCAGUCUCUGGCUCAUUGCGACGUCAUGAUUUUGACAUGAACGUACUUCAUCGCCGUCCCACGCCGCACAUAAUUGACCGUCCAUCCACCAUGCUCCGCCUCUUUACCCGCAGUUUUUCUCCAAUCCGCACAAAUCUCACUUCGCGAAUUCGUCACAACACUAUCAAUUCUUCAUACACAAUCCUCAGAACAAUGUCCGGAAAAGCAGAUAACGAGCAGCUCAAGGGCUCCAAUCUCUUUGACGUUUCCCAUGUCACGGCCCUCGUCACCGGCGGUGGAACUGGGAUCGGUUUAAUGAUCACGCAGGCGCUGGUCGCUAAUGGCGCAAAAGUUUACAUUACCUCGCGCCGAGAGGAAGUGCUCAAGAAGACGGAGGAAUUGUACAGCACAGGGCCCGGAAAGAUCAUCCCUCUCGUGGCCGAUGUCAGUGAGAAGGACGACGUGAAGCGGCUCUACGAUGAGAUGUGCCAAAAAGAGCCAAAGGGAAUUCAAUUGCUUGUCAACAACGCAGGUAUCGCAAGGGAUGACGCCACUAAAUAUUCGACUGCUGGACAGCCGGAUAUGACUGAUCCACAAGCCAUUUCCGACCACUUCCUAAAGUCUCCACCGGAGAGCUGGGCCGAGACCAUGAAGACCAAUGUAGGCAGUGUCUUCUACAUGUCCAUUACCUUUUUACCUCUUCUCGCCAAGGGUCGUGAAGUCACACCGGGUUACACUUCCAGUGUAGUAAAUGUGACCUCGAUCUCAGGCUUCAUGAAGGGUAACAGCGCGGGGCAAUUUGCGUAUGCAUCUAGCAAGGCUGCCGCAUCGCAUCUGAGCCGCAUGCUGGCGACCGUCUUUGCGCAGACCAAGGUUCGCGUCAACACCAUUGCUCCUGGUGUUUUCCCAAGUGAGAUGACCGCUGGUGACUCCGGCGAAGACAACAAGUCGACGCUUAAUAUGAAGAUGUCCAACCCAGCUGGCCGCCCGGGCGCCGACACCGAUAUGGCUGCAUCGAUCUUGCUUCUGGCUGGUCCUGGAGGCCUUUUCUAUAACGAGCAGUUCCUGUUUCCUGAUGGCGGUAACACACUGGUGCAGCCCGCAGCUAAAUAGAUAAAUUCGAUUGCGAAGUAGCAAGACGUGUUAGAUUAUAAUAAUAACAUGACCCUUCUCAAUUACAGCAGAACAAGAUGAGAUACUUGACAUGGAUAGCUAUUGAUCAUCCGAGACUGCAACACGAACGAAGGCGCAUCCACAGUUAACACAAAGUCUUGGAAUUAUCAAUUACGGAAAACAGAAGAUCCGCCCAUGAAUCAUGACACUAUACUCAUACAUGACAAAAAGACCAAAAAAACGGAACAAUCCCGAUCUAGUGACGACCAUCACCACCGCCUCAUGCCUCACCAAGAGCAUCUGCCAACCCCCCAAGAUCCCCACCCCCAAAGAGACUAUCCCAAAACCCCCCGCCGUCAGAAGCUCCAAAAUCGCCAGCCCCGAAAUCGCCAGCACCACCGCCCUCCAACCCCCCAUAGUCUCCCGCGCCAUACUCGUACUGAUCGGUGGCACCAUAACCAUACUGAUCACUCGCGCCGUAUCCAUAUUGGUCGCCAGCACCAUAUCCAUAUUGAUCGCCAGCACCGUACCCGUAAGGAUCCUGCGCACCAUUUCCACCCUCUUGCCCACCAGCAGCGAACUGAUCCAUAGCAUUUUGUAAAUGCCCGCCGCUCUGAUUCGAUUUCCCGCCGCCGUUGAUCUUCUUCUCGAUUUGCUUCAUGGCUUGCUUUUUAACGAAUUUGACCGCUUUUCCUGAUUUUGAGGAUGAUUUGUCUUUGUCUUU